AUGUCUUUCUCACUAAACCGACUCCUGGUUCCCGCACGGGCCCGCUUCGCCGGCGCCGCCAUGACGGCCCCACGAGUGCUGAGCUCAUCCUCGACCCGCCUCUACUCCAGCACUAAGAGCGCCUUCAGCCCGCAAGAUAUCCACAAUGUCUCCCACAACCCUGAUCACAUCCAGACCAAGCUGCCCUCCAAAAAGCAAUUGCGCAAUGCCAACCGGUUCCGCGAAUUUGACAUGGAGGGCCGAGUCUACGCCAUCACCGGCGGUGGCCGCGGCCUGGGCCUGUCCAUGGCCGAGGCCCUGAUUGAAGCCGGGGCCAAAGUCUAUGCCCUAGACCGUCUCGACACCCCACACCCCGACUUCCUCGUCGCCCAGGACAAGGCCGCCAAUGAAUACGGCGGUAGCCUGGAGUACAUCAAGAUUGAUGUGCGUAACGUGGCGGACGUGAACAACACAUUCGCGGCGAUCGCCGCCCAGAACGAGCGGCUCGAUGGCCUCAUCGCCGCGGCGGGCAUCAACCAUCUCCAAAGCGCGCUCGAACAUAGCCAGCAAGCUCUCGAGGACGUCAUGAGCAUCAACUACACAGGCGUGUUCAACUCGGCCACCGCUGCUGCGCGCCAGAUGUUCAAUUACCAGCAGAAAGGCUCCAUCCUCCUGGUCGCCUCCAUGAGCGGGCUGAUUGCCAACAAGGGGAUGACCUCGCCCGUGUACAACUCAUCCAAGGCCGCCGUUAUCCAGCUGGCGCGCUCGCUAGCCAUGGAAUGGGGCCGCCACGGCAUCCGUGUUAACUCGCUCUGCCCGGGCCACAUCAUCACCCCCAUGGUCGAGGAGGUCUUCCAGCAGAACCCCGCUGCCCGCGCCACCUGGGAGGCGGAGAACAUGCUCGGCCGACUGGCCAUGCCGGAGGAGUUCCGCGGCUCGGCGCUGUUCUGUCUGUCUGAUGCGAGCAGCUUCAUGACUGGCAGUACGUUGCUAAUUGAUGGCGGCCACACGGCGUGGUGA